CUCGGAAGUAAACAAGAUCCAUACUGGAUCUUUUUGUAAAGUGUAAUUUAAUUUCUGUGAAUAUAACUGUGUGGAUAUACUCAAAAUAUUAGUAAAUCGUCAACAAUGCAUAGUAACUUCUCUGUAAAUAUGCCAUCUUGGCUGUAUCCUGGAAUGCGAGCUAUUUAUCAAAGUUUAUUUGGAAUAUAUCGAGAAAGUAAUCCUUUAGUUAUAUCUACAGUCAAUAAAAUCUGGCAGUUUCCCAAUUCUAAUGAAGUUCUUGACUAUAUAUUCAUAUAUCUUAAUGCUGGAUCUAUAGAAGAGAAUGUACCACCUCAUUGGCACUAUGUAAGUUUAGGUCUGUCUGAUUUGUAUGGAGACAGCCGAAUACAUCCUAUAGAUCCAACAGCAAGCAGUUCCGAUAGAUUGAGUGGAUUUGGUAUAGAAUUAACGAUGAGAAUUAAAAAAUAUUCAGAAAUAUCUCCUCCAAGUUGGCCAGCACAGUUAAUGCAGCAGUUGGCUAAAUAUGUGUUUGUCUCCAGAAAUAAGCUCUUACCUAACGACUACUUACCUUGGAAUAAACCACUUGAUCCUGAAAAAGAGGACUGUACCAUUAAACACAUGCUAAUUGCACUAGAUUGUCAACUUAAAAGGAUCAAAACUGUUCUUGGACAUAUCUCAUUCUGCCAAAUUGUCGGAGUCACCGAUGAAGAGCUCAACUGCUCACAAUCGUUUAACGUGAAGCAAGUUUUGGAAGUAUUGAAGCAAGAUCCAUCGACAGGUGGAAUAUCAUUAAUUACAGACAUGCAAAGGACAAGAAGCGUUUUUGAUUUAUUUCCACAAACUUUGAGAGCACUUGAGGAUGAUUUAGAGCGUGAAGGAUCGGAUUUAGCUGGAGUCAAUGGAGAAUUUUUCUACAGAGAGUUACCUAAUAUUGCAAUUAAGACAUCAUUGUGCCUUACUAUGUCUGAUUCAGAGAAAUCACUUGAUUUUACAAGACAUCUCGGUCGUUUGGAUAUUCGCACAAGUGCUGAAUUAAAUGCACACCACUCAUCACCAUUUUUGGCAUUUUCAAGACACUUGCCUGUAUUUCUCGACGGUGUUGAGAUCAUUUUUUCCCCAAAUACUGCGAAAUUCUUAAAGCUUGCAUUUAAGCAUCGUUUAGGCAAAGGACAUCAUUUUACGUUCCAAAAUCCAGACACUCACCUCACAUUUGUAACUGAUAAUGUCAGUGGCUGUUUUGUCUCAAAUGAACAGCCAUAUGCAUUAAAUGGGAAAUGGCUACAAAUUCGCAUCGACAAAGAGUUUUUAAACACAAUCAUUGAUUCUAUUCAGGAGUUUGAUGCUGAAAAUGCUCACCAACUUCCGAGAAUCUUUGACUUUCCUGAAAAGAAUCUUCGAUUUAUAGUUAAUAAUUUGGGUACUUAAUGAGGAAUUUGUUUUUUGUAUGAACAGGGCUCAAAAGUACCCCCUUAAAUUCUGAAAUUGAACAUUAUUUUAUCUGCGCAACUAACGUCUUCCUAGUUUUAAGAAGUGAUAUAAAAACAAGAUAAAUCUCAUAAAAUGUGCCUUUUAGCAAGACUACUUGACUGACUAUUCAUGUUUUUUGUGUAGUUCUUAUUAUAUAUAUUUUUUAAUAAAAAAUAAAUAAAAUUGCA